AGGGUGUUUGGACUGGAUAUCCAAGGCAGGGACUGUGGUGAUGAAGUGGCUCAGUGGAUCACCACUUUCCUGAAUUCAGAGCGAUAUCGACUGGUGCACUUUGAACCCUCCAUGGUGCCAAGAAAGUCAAAGGACGUAAUAAACCUUUUCAGAACCACAGAUGAGGUUGCCUAUCCUGACUGUAGCCCAGUCUUGAUCCUCUCGGAAGCUUCACUGGAAGACCUAAAUACCAGGCUGGAGAAGAAAGUUAAGAUACAGAACUUCAGGCCAAAUAUUCUUGUGGCAGAUUGCAGUGCUUUUGAGGAGGACACCUGGGAGGAGAUUCUUAUUGGCGAUGUGGAGAUGAAAGGGACAGUGUGUUGUGCCAGGUGUAUUUUAACAACUGUUAACCCAGACACUGGGGUCCUGGACAGGAAGGAGCCUCUGGAAACAUUGAAGAGUUACCGCUUGUGUGAUCCAUCUGAGCGACACAUAUACAAAUCCAGCCCUCUCUUUGGAAGAUACUUUGCUGUUGACAAAACUGGAACAAUUCAAGUUGGAGACCCUGUAUACAAGAUGGUCCAGUUGUGAUCAGAAGAUGCCUUUUCACUUUGAUACGCAAAUUGUUUUCCUGUGAACAUGGUCACCAGCAUAACCUUUUCUUAUUCUUUGCAAUGUUUUUUGUGCUAUGUUCCUUUGUAAGAUGCAGGGAGGUCUUUGAGGCUAUGAAGUGCCAAUUGUUUCAGAUCAUGUAAUCUACUAGCAUGCCUGGAGCAACCAGGCCUUUAGUUUUUCUGGAGGCUGUGAUAGAAGAAACUCUAAUCCAAGACAGACUUCACAGCACGACUCUGAGUAUCACACCUCCUAAAAUUUUAUGUCAAGCUCGAUAUCAGAAUCCAAAAUCAUGUAGAAGAGCUUUGCAUCAUGUAUUAGAUAAGUUCAGUGCCUAUGAAGAACCACAAAAAACAGUUAUGCCAAGAGUAAAGUAGGUAUGUUGGUCAUGGAGCUGCCUUUACAAGUGAACAUGGAGUGCAGAUGGCAAGGUUCUGUCCUAGAUUCCACCUUUCUUGGGUCCUAAUCAUCAUACCCUAUCUAUGUCUGGAGGUACCUUUUUGCAGUGUUUCUCAUUCUGCAAUCUUUUCCUGAAGUUUGCUACUGUUUUUUGAGAUUGGAGAAAUAUCAGAAAGAGAAGGAUUGUGAGCUGAGUGACUACUAGAGUGUUUACUAGAGUAAAUCCUACCCUAGUUUAGGGAUGGGAAUGCUGGCUAACGAUGUGUAAGACUCUGGGUUUGUUUAGUUUAUAACCUCCUCUUGAUAGUUUGAACCAUCGAAUUUUUCUCCUCUGAAGCAUACCAUAACACUGAGGCUGUGGAGUAGUGAUGCAUUUGUUAACGUAUCAGCAGAGCUUCCGAUUUGACUAAAAGAAUUAGGUGUUCACUGGAUCAGAGUCUCUGUGCACAUUGGAGGGGAAGAAGAGCUGUUGGGAGUGAUCUGAUUCUGAGUCUGCUCCCUUCAAGCUGAUGUCCAGGCCAAUAUUGUAGGGCUCUGUGUUCACACGUAGUUCCUCUCUGGCUCGGUGAAUCUCUUGCUAUAGAAAGUUAGGCUGCUGAGCAGACGUUUGGGAAGCUGCGGUUUCAGACUGAGCAUGUUGAUGUCCUUAUUGGUUAUGCAUUUAGAUCUUUGGUUGCCCCCCUCCCCUGCCCCUAUUCUAACCAAAACAUCUGCCAUCUGUAGGAAGCUGAUAAUUAUAUUUUCUGCUAUAUUUUGUACUUCAUAAAACAGAUAGGGGAGGAAACUAAUUGGAUUAUGGCAGUAGUAUUUUUUCUUUAAAUGCUAUAUGACUAUUUUUAAUUAAAAGUGGAGUCCAAGACAAAAGCCAGCCAUCUUUCAAAUGCUUAUCUGCAUGUUGCUUUGUUAUGGAUUACUAGAUCUUGAAAGAGCGUUGAACUAGCCAAAAAAAAGGAAUCUAAUUAAGUGUGAAGAAGAACAAAUAUGACCCAAUUGGUGUUUAAAUUCUUUGUUUUCUGUUGUGAACAUGAAACUGGAUUUUUCUGCAUGUUCACAACUCAGACGUGUAAAAUGAAGAGCUGUUGUGCCUUUGAGUACAUUCAGAGGGAUGUACAUGGCAAGCCUGAAGCAGGCAUAUGGGGAAGGUAGUUUUCUAUUAUUUGUGAACUCGGAAUUGUUCCGAAUAUCCUUUCAUUAGCAGAGUGCUCUGUAAGUAUUAAGUUUUCCUGUGACAGACAAGUGCCCAGUUUGGACUGCAUGUUGCAUAUUUGAGUAUUGUUAUGUCUAGUGCGAGGAAAUGAGAGAAAAAGCAUCUUU